AUGGGAAAGUUGACCAACCUUUUGAGAAAGAAAAAGGCGAGAGGAGAUGAGCCUACGACAGAGGAGCAAGGAAAGACCGCUUCAAACCUAUCUGGCUCUUCGUCUAAUGGAUCGGCAACACGCCUGUCGCUUAGCAUACCCACGACGGACAUCAAUUCGUUAGACCUGAAUAUGUCCAUUUCGCUAAUGGACGAUAUCAUGGACGGGUUGGCUGCCACAGCGCCAGAUAGUCCACAGUCAUCGCAGGCAGAGCCCGGACCUAAGUUUAGUGAUUUUGGGCUCGUGGCUGAGCUCUCGCGACAACUGGACCUAGGAGCAUCAAGCACCGAUGAUCGCAAUCCCAAUAGCAUCAAGCCAACCCAAAAUGGACCUCCUAGAGUUGGAAAGUUGGAACAGAACAGUACCUUCAAGGGUAACGCGUUUUUGCGCUCGGAGUUGCUACAGCGAUCAGGCAAUACGCCCAUAACGACUGCGUAUAAGUCCACCGCGCCUAUCCGCCAGACCAUCAGCGCCCAGGGGAAUCCCUCUACUUCUAAUACCGCGUCUAUCAUCAAUAACACACCGUCCUAUUUGAACAAGACGCUGCUAUCCAAGUUGGCAACCGAGAGAGCAGAGAUAGCUACCCAGGCACGGGAUGCCACUAGAAAGGCCAACGCUCAGUUGCCGAGCGAUGACGAAGGGAGCGAGACGUCCGACUCUGGGUGCUCGGAUGCCGGGCUGGAGGCAGAAAAGCAGAGGCAGCUGCAGCUUCAACAGCAACAACAAGAGCAGAACCAAGGCAAAAAAGAAUCCUCUUACUGCGAAUCUAGCAGUAAGAAGCAGCGUCCAAUCAAUCACGAGGCAGUAAUUGGCAGGAUGAAGGACAGACACAGGGCCGAUCUUGCUGGAGCUGCUGCUGCUGCAAGGGAGGGUCACUACGGCGAGUACAUGGACGAAUACAGUCAUAUGCAACAAAUACAGCCGCAAAGCCCUAUGAGAUAUGGGACGCAAUACAGUAUGGAUCAAGGCAUGAUGUACGGUAUCGAAGAGUAUGGCUUGCAACCACAACAGCAACAGCAACAGCAACAGCAACAGCAGCAGAUGUACCUUGGUCAAAACAUCCCUCUUCAGCCCCACAUCAAUGCACAAUAUGGCCCACAUCCUAGCGUCAAUCCCCUGAUGGCCGGGUAUCCAUAUGGCCCCCACGGACCCACAUCCACAUAUGGACUCGGUAUGCAGGCGUCCUUGUAUUCAGGUCGAGGAAGUUUCACCAGCCUGGCCACAAGUACCGCAGAUGGAUAUGUGCAUAAUAUGUACAAUGGGGAGUCGCCUGUGCACUCUCGCAAAGGCUCCAGACAGCCGAGUACGGCAUCACCACGACAAUCAGAGGACACUUGUACCGAGCUUAGUCCUGUCCCCGCUGUGUCACAUCAUCAGAAAGCGGCUCCAAGCGAUAAUGGCUAUGGCUGCAUGAGAGAGCACGAUAUGAAACCGAUAAACAAGGACGUAGGAUACCCGCAAGAGUUAGAUACUGGUAACUUGAACGACAAAGCUGCAAGGAAGAACAAAACCAAUAAGGACGAUGGUGCCAAGGCAGUAACGGAGCUUGAGAUCUCGAGAGCAGAGGUCGGCGCAGAUUCUGAAACGUCGCAGGUUAACGCGACAGAGCUAAAGGGCCAACUUGAGGAGCCAGACUCUAACAGGGACAAUUUCAUGACAGAUUCUAUCAAUGCGCACAAGGAAAUAGCAGAUAUUGGCACGGUCUCUUCAUUCGCAGCAAAUGCUCAAGGAGAUAAAGACGACAGCAUUGACAGCGAUAACGAGUCUUCGGACGACGACCAGCCCAUCAUCUUGGGUAGGCGAGGCAGCGCCCUUGGACCCUUCCUUUCCAUCAAAACGAACACAGGAGCAGCCACUUCUGAUCAUCCGGAGCAUCCAGAGAGCGUCUUGGAGCCGCCAACUAGCAGUCGGAUACCUUAUACGAUGCAUACUAAGAACGCGUAUCAGUCCCAGGCUCAGGGGCCCACCAGUUUGCCAUCGCAUUUGCCUUACACUUCGCAGCAACAGCAAUAUAUCCCAAUGGGCUACCAGUUAUCUGCCCCACAGGCGUCUACCAAUAUGGGACGCCACCACUCCUAUUCGAUGGAUCGAGGCGCACCCGCAAUGCUGAUUGGACCUCAUCCUACAGCACCAGGGAUUCAGUCAGUCGAAGGCAAUGCACCAGGACCCAUGGCACACACUACUCGACGAGGAGCAAAUUUGCUUCAGUCUGGACCAAAGGAUAUGCGUUCUUCUAACUUGUACCCGGCGGCGCCAGGUACAGCUAUGCAAUCCCAGUACCCGGUUCCUUCAACAACUCUUCUUCAUCCGUUGCCUCGUCGCUCGCAAUCGGCUCGGCCACGGACACAGGCUCUUGGACCGGGUAUCAUCAGAAAGGAGUCUCCAUCACGCCAACAGCAGCAACAGCAGCAACCACAGCCAUCUACAAGAAAUCGCGUUUCUGUCGAGGUAGUACGGCUAUCUAACGGUGGAUACCAAGCUGUGGCAGGUCUAGACUAUGGCAACCCAGGAUCUGGUAGUCUACGCAGACCUUUCAUCCACGGGGCUUUAGAAUCACUUUCGCCUACACAACAACAGCAGCAAAUGGUGAGCCCGAAGCUUGCACAGAGUAUGCAUCAGAAGCAGCAGCAGCAGCAGCAGCAGCUUCAACAGGGGUAUUUCAUAGGCCCUGGGCAUCACGGGUUCAAUCUGCACCCUAAUGAUCUCUACUCGGCUCAUCUACACCAGCAAAUCACGCAGUUUGCCCGACGAUAA